AAAUAGUCACCCUUUCCCUUAACCGUCCAUGCUCUCCACGUGCCACGUCAUUGGUCUCCAUUCUCCCCCACACUUCUCCAAAUACCCGCCAUUUUUCUCUCGAAGUUUCCUCUUAUCAGAGUUAUCAUCAUCAACCUCACUUUCUCUCUCUUCUUCAUUCUUCAAUGGCGAUCUUCAUUCCAUCUCAAAUCAAUCCUAACCCCACCCUCUUCUCUCCUUCAACCUCGCACCUCCUGCAUUCCACGUUUCGAAACCGGGAGUUUCGUCUAUGGAGGAAACGCCGAUUGAAGCGCAAUUCCAAGCUUCUCUUACCUCCUCGAAACGCUUUAGAACCUUCUUCUGCUUUCGAUUUUCUAUCUCUUCUUCCUCCUACUCUCAAUUGGGUCCCGCCUGCUGCUGCUCUAGGGUUUGCUUCCGCCUUCGCGCUCUCUAUCUCUAACCUCAAACCCAAAAAUCCUAAAUCGAGUUCGAAUUUGGAUCCGGAUUUGAAUUCUAGGGUUGCAGAUAUUGGCGAGUGGAUUCUUUUUUCGAGCCCUACUCCAUUUAAUCGGUUUGUUCUUCUGCGGUGCCCUUCGAUUUCGUUCGAAGGCGGUGGCGGUGGCGGUGGCGGUGGAGGAGGAGAGGAGUAUGCGGAGGAUGUGAGCGAGAGAUUAGUGAAGGAGGAGAAGCAUUAUGUUAGGUUAGACAGUGGGAGGAUUCAGCUAAAGAGUGAAGAUGGCGGUGGUAAGGCGGUGGAGGGGACAGAAAAUGGGGGGUUUGAGUAUCAGAGGGUUUGUAUUGGGACUGAUGAUGGUGGUGUGUUAUCCUUGGAUUGGCCUUCUAAAUUGGAUUUGAGGGAAGAGCGUGGUUUGGAUACUACUGUUUUGUUGAUCCCUGGGACUGCAAAGGGUAGUAUGGAUGAUAAUGUGAGGUCUGUUGUGAGGGAAUGCUUGCGACGGGGGUUGUUUCCUGUUGUUAUGAAUCCUCGAGGGUGCGCCGGUUCUCCUCUGACCACUGCUCGGUUAUUUACAGCUGCUGAUAGUGAUGACAUUUGCUCGGCUAUACAGUUCAUCACCAAGGCAAGACCAUGGUCUACAUUCACAGGGGUUGGCUGGGGUUAUGGUGCAAACAUGCUGACGAAGUACCUUGCUGAAGCUGGGGAGAAGACCCCUCUUACAGCUGCUACAUGCAUUGAUAAUCCUUUUGACUUAGAUGAAGCCACCAGGACUUCUCCUUACUGCUAUACAAUUGAUAAUAAGCUCACUGAAGGCUUGAUAGAUAUCUUAAAGUCUAAUAAGCAACUUUUCCAAGGCAGGAGGAAAGGUUUUGAUGUGGAAAAGGCGUUGUCAGCUGAAUCUGUUCGUGAUUUUGAAAAGGCAAUAUCCAUGGUUUCAUAUGGAUUUGACACAAUAGAAGAUUUUUACUCAAAUUCAAGCACGAGAAAGCUGGUGGGGAAUCUGAAGGUUCCAGUACUUUUUGUACAGAAUGACAAUGGGAUUGCGCCGCUGUUCUCUAUUCCUCGUGGGUCGAUUGCGGAAAAUCCAUUUACAAGCUUACUUCUGUGUUCUUGUUUACCAUCUAAUGUUACCGCAAUCUCAUGGUACGAGCAUGUGGCAAUGGAGUGGCUCACAGCGGUGGAGCUUGGACUUCUAAAGGGUCGCCACCCACUUCUUCAAGAUAUAGAUGUGGCUGUCAAUCCUUCAAUAGGUUUAGCUCUUGUGGAGGGAAAAACAUCUGAUACCAGUAGCAGACCUGACCGCCUCUUGAAUCUGGCCAAAGUAGAUGGUUCAGAAACUUCAGAUGCAUAUAUGGAUCCCAUGAAGGAGAUGCUGAUAGAGACUGAUGCUGUAGUUAGUAUUCCUUCAAAAUUCAAUCAGAAUUCACUAGGGAGUCAUGCUAGUGGAACACAUGGUGAUUUCCCACAUGGCAGCACGAAAGAUGAAAAUCCCGCUACAGACAUGGAAGCCAGUCCAGUAGAAGGUGAACCAGGCCAAGUGCUUCCGACAGCACAGCUUGUGAUGAAUAUGCUUGAUGUGUCAAUGCCUGGUACUUUAAAAGAAGAGGACAAGAAGAAGGUAUUAUCAGCUGUCGGUAAAGGUGAGACCCUUAUGACGGCGUUGCAGGAUGCUGUCCCUGAGGAUGUCCGUGGCAAACUUACAGCUUCUGUUUCUGAAAUUAUGCAAGCACCAGGGAAGAACUUGAAUCUUGAUUUGCUACCGAGCGUUAACCAAAAGGCUGAUGCUUCAUCUGAUCUGAAAUCGAAGAACAAAGAAAAUGCAGCCUUGCAAUCUGAAUCUAAAAAUGAAAAUGCAAAAACAGACCAAGUUGGUGAAGAAGCUAUUGAGACUCGGUCGCCAAAAGAAUCUGUGGAAUCUGAUAUUCCUGAAUCUAAAGAAGGGGAUAGCCACGACGAUGAUAAAGGAUUGACAAAAAGUUCAAAUGAUUCUCAGAAUACUGAUGAAAAACUUGAUAAUGUUGGACAACUUUCUGAAUCUGGUGGGGACGGUUCUGAGACCGCUUCCGAAUUGAACUCAUCUAGCCGCAGUGCUGGUGGCACUAAUUCCGAAGCCGACGUUGUGUCGGGUAUUAGGUCCCAAGAUGAUGGAAAAAAACAGAAAGAGAACGAUAUCUCUGAGAGAGUUGAGGAGCCCAAGGAUUUGACUGACGAGCAAAAUAAAUCAAGCUCAGCUGCUGAUUCACCUGCAGAUAAAAAUGAAGUAACAUCACCACCCAUCUCUGAUGGUCAAAUGUCAGAAAAAGGAGAUAAUGAUAGUAAAACUGAGGAGCCCAAAGAUUUGACUGACGAGCAAAAUAAAACAAGCUCAGCUGCUGAUUCACCUGCAGAUACAAGUGAAGUAACAUCACCACCCAUGACUGAUAGUCAAAUGUCGGAAAAAGGAGAUGAUGUGAAUAAAACUGAGGGUGAAAAUUUGGAACCUGUGCCAGAUCAGAAUAGAGCUCCUUUCAGUGUUACUCAAGCUUUCGAUGCUUUGACAGGGUUUGAUGACUCAACGCAGAUGGCUGUGAAUAGUGUUUUUGGUGUCCUUGAAGAUAUGAUUACUCAGCUGGAGGAGAAAAAUAAUGAAAGCAUAGUCAAUGAAGGAGUUGAGAACAAAGAUGCCACUGAGGGUUCAGUUAUUGAGAAGGAUAAUGAAGGAGUUGAGAACAAAGAUGCCACUGAGGGUUCAGUUAUUGAGAAGGAUAAUGAAGGAGUUGAGAACAAAGAUGCCAAUGAGGGUUCAGUUAUUGAGAAGGAUAAUGAAGGAGUUGAGAACAAAGAUGCCACUGAGGGUUCAGUUAUUGAGAAGGAUUGUAGUAAUAUUGACCUCCAGCUAGAAAAACAAACGGAUGGGGAAAAGAAGGAAGAUACAAAUCAUCAGGAAAUAGAAUCAGUUAAUGGACAUGAUAGCAACAGUGGCGUGAAAAAUAGUCCAACUUAUGCUGCCGGAAAAGAGAAUAAUAUCCUGAUUGUGAGUAAACCGGGAGCAGCAAAAGAAAAUGUUGAAAGAAUGACAAACAUUAGCAAAGAUUCGUUCUACAUAAAAUCAAAUCCAUAUGUAACAGCAUUAGACAAAGAGUUCCUCCCACAGUUCAUUCUGACAAAGAUGCGGAAAAUGAAUUGUGGUGACGUGGAUGCAACCACACUUCUUGAUUGUGUUCCAGAAAAUGGGCACUUGCUUCUGCUAAAACAACCUGGUGGAACACAUGUUGCUGUAUUUGACAGUAAAGACAUAAAAAAGCAUUCCAAACUACCUCGUAAAGGAAGUGUUGCAGAUAAUGUUAUUGAGCCAAAAGAGCAUUCCAAAGUACCACAGAAAGGAAGUGUUACAGAUAAUGUUAUUGAGCCAACAUAUUUCAUUUGCGACAAAGAUGGGCUGGAGAAACCCGUAGAAGAGUCGAUGAAGAAAUUGCAUGACAAAAGUGUGGAAGAUAAUAAUUUGGACAAGUCAAUUUUUUUUGUUAAGACCACUCUGCUUAAUUCUCUGAAAGUUGAAGUUAGUCGUAGGCUUAAUGCUGUAGACACGGCAGACAUGGAUGCUAAUUUAGCAGCAGAUAUGGAAGCAGUUGCAGAUGCUGUCUAUUUGGCAAUUCAACAUGAUGUAGAGCAUAAUCAGAAGCUUGUGCUCUCUGGGUUUGAGCCUGAUUUCCAAGAAUGGAGUAGGCAUAUUAAUGGUAACCGUAUCAUAGAAGUGAUAUCUAAAGCAGUACAAGACACCAGCUACUUGAAAAAAGUGUUACCCGUCGGUGUUAUUGUGGGUUCUAUUUUAGCUGCUCUGAGAAAUUGUUUUGAUUUGUCAGCUGGAUAUUGCGAUAGUCCUGCUGGGUCUUUAGACAUGGAUCAAGAUCAAACGAAUGUGUUAAAGCCAGAGGAUCUACCUCCACAAGAGGUCAUUCAGGUCCCUACUGAUGGAAUUGACCAUGAUCUUACGUCGGGAAAGAAUAUAAGUAGAGACAAGGUUACUACAGUGUCAGAUGAUCAAGAUGACCAAGAAAUGGCUGGAUUCAAAGGUUUGAAUGGGGACACUCUCAUGGCUGGUGCUUUUACAGCUGCACUUGGAGCGUCUGCUUUUCUAACAAGUCAGGAGGAGGAUUUCAUGGCCAACGACGGUUGUGAAUCGGAAGAUAACCGUAUGAAAAGCGGGACUGUCAGAAUGGAGGAGACAGUAGAUGGCAAAGACCAGAGUAAUAUAGUAACUAGCUUUGCUGAAAAAGCAAUGUCUGUUGCCGGUCCAGUCAUCCCUACUACAGAAAAUGGAGCCGUGGAUCAAGAAAGGAUCGUCGCGAUGCUGGUAGGAGUGGGCGAGAGGGGUGGCAUGCUAAGACUUGUUAGCAAAUUAGCUUUACUGUGGGGUGGUCUCCGUGGUGCUAUGAGUUUAACAGACCGGCUUUUCUCAUUUUUACGUAUUGUUGAUCAGCCUUUGUUACUCAGGGUACUUGGGUUUUCCUGCAUGGUGCUAGUUUUGUGGUCCCCAGUGUUGUUGCCACUGUUGCCUACACUUCUCCAGAAUUUGUUGUCACACAACUCCUCUAGGAUUGUCGAGCUAGCCUGCGUUGUUGGUCUUUACGCUGCUGUCACAAUACUCAUCAUGCAGUGGGGCAAGGGAAUACGAGGGUACGAGUAUCCGUUAAAGCAAUACGGGCUGGAUUUUACAUCUCCGAAAAAGGUGCAACAUUUCUUGAUAGGGUUGGCUGGAGGAGUCAUGCUAGUUGUCACUAUACACUCUCUAAAUGCUUAUCUUGGCCUUGUCAACCUUUCUUUUCCAUCAAGUCUUGGUUCAUCUUCCUUGACUCUUAGUGCCAAAAUCAAAGCACAUGGCCAGCUGUUUCUUUCGGCUGGUCAAGCAAUUCUAGUGGCAGCUGGUGUUGCUUUUGUUGAAGAACUGCUCUUUAGAUCAUGGUUAUUAGAAGAAAUAGCAAUAGACCUUGGUUACCAUCCUGGAAUACUUUUAUCAGGACUUGCUUUUGCAUUAUCACAGAGGUCAUGGGAAGCUAUUCCUGGGCUAUGGCUGUUAUCUAUGUGUCUUGCGGGGGCUCGAUUGAGAAAGGAAGGAAGCCUUUUCAUUCCCAUAGGAGUGCGCACCGGGCUUAUAGCUUCCAGUUACGUGUUACAAUCAGGUGGUUUUGUUGUUUACACGCCAAAGUUUCCAUGGUGGGUCGUUGGUAUGCACCCCUUCCAGCCGUUUUGUGGAGUAGUAGGUCUUCUCUUUGCUUUAUUAUUAGCAGUAGCCCUAUAUCCAAGGCAGCUUGUACAAAGGGAAAGAAUUCCUCGAAAAAUUCGAGCAUAAAGGUUAUAACCUUCAGCAAUGGAAUUUGUCAGAGUGGGAGGUGACUCUUGAAAAUACAAAUACAGUAAAGAAUCUGCUUCGAACAAAUGUGAAGGGUUAUGAUAGAUACUUUAUACACAAUAAAUAUGUACCAUGCAAAUGUUUAUAGAAAACGAACGCAUGCUUGAAGUCGUAAAGAGAAGAUACUGCAUACAUAUAGAACUUGAGUCAGAGCUUUUUGUAUUUGUAUAUAUGAAAAUAGAUGUAGCAAUUUUUUCCAUUUCUUGUAGUGAAUCUGGAGUACAUGAUAGAAAGAAGGUACUUUUGCCUGUACUUCGGAGCUAUUUACGCUAAUAAAGGAAGUUUUCCUUCAUGGUAAA